CCCCCCCCCCCCCCGCUACCUUCUCCUUCACCGGGGUGCCCCUCUCCGCGCGCCACCUCUUCAGGUUCGUCUGCCCCUCCCCCGCUCCCUCCCCUCCUUGGUUCUCCUUCACCGGCGGCACCUUUUGUUUUUGCAAUGCAGAGCUCACGCCGGAGCAGAAGGCCGAGCUUGUGAUGUCGCUGAAGAACAAGUUGGAGGGGUUGGUCGCGCAGCACAUGGAUGUGCUCGAGAGUCUCACCCCCAAGGUCCUGAAGCGCGUCAACUUGCUCAGAGAUAUUCAGGGAUUGCUUCCUAAGAGCCUAUUACAAUCCAUGUAUGUCUCUUUCCUGGCUGGCUGCUUCCGAAGAAGCACAUGGAUUUUCUCAGCACCAGUUCGAGUAGGAGAAGAGGAUGGUGCGGCACAGCAGCGCGCAGCGGAUAGAGGCUGCGCUGCGAACCAGCAAUGGGGCAUGGCAGUGGCGGCAACACCACAGUUUAUCAUCCAGCGUUCAUCUCCUUCAGAUGCCUUCUCUCCAGGAUUGCUUGAGCCUAACCUGCAAGUGUUGAAACUUGAUGGGAAUCCGCUUAUAAGCCCACUCUUGUGAAGGAACGUCAAGGGGUUGGAGCAGGUCGGCGGGAUGGAGGGCCUCCAUUUUGUUGCACUGGCACGUCGCAUAGGAACGCACGAAGUUGGACACCACGGUCCUGUCAUUGUCGAUGAUGAAGUCCAACCGGAGGCGUUGCAUCGUUUUCUGGAUCCCAAUUUGUGUAUUAUUUAGAAAAAAAUGUCUAGGUACCUAAUUGGAAUAAAAAGGGUUACAUAUUUGGUGCACCUAAUUUGUUAAAUUCUAUUCCACAUUACUAAUAUAUUCCCUGUUUUGUUUGGACCUAAUCAAACGAAAGGUCUCUCAAUUCUCAGUGGUGUAGUGAAAAGCCUAAAAAUGAAAGGUGACCCCCUCUCCACUUAUGCUAACCUGUGGGUUCUACUUUUACUUUCAUUGUUCAUGUGUGUUUACAAUGUUGUAUGCUAAUAUUAUGUGCGACCAAGUUUGCAUAAUCAAUAUAAGGUUUUUCAGAAUACAUUAGAAUCCUUUUAAGAUUUCGGUCAGGAAUUUCCAGUUACAAAUGGAUUUUUUUCACCGCCACUAAAUGUAUAAAUGGCACUUUUGAGGCUGAGGUGCCAGUGCUACCAACAGUGGGUGCCAGUGCUAGAACUAGGAAGACUCUGCUUGCUUCAAGAGCAAUGAAGGAAUUUUGAGCCAUGUCAGCACCCUCUUAAUUCAUUUUGAGAUUAGUGAGGGUUGUUGAGAAAACAAACUUGGUCAUAACAAGUUGUGUAUCAAAGGACAUGCGAGGAAUCGGCCAUGUCGAUUAUUUUUACUGGAGUUUUAAAAGAGAUUUGAUUAAUAGUCAAUCAGCUUCAAAAUAGCACAAUAGGUGCUAAGGGCAGGCCUUGCAAGGAAACUACUUGGUAUAAAAUUCAGGUAGUUUAGCACUUAUAAGUGGUCUUGUGAUUUGGCCAAGCAGGAUAUCUAUGGUGGAAAUUUGCAAUUUACUAUGGCGGAUGAGGAAUUUAGUGGUUUCUGGUAGAUGUGCUUUCUGGCACACGUAGUUUAGCAUUAAGAUCCUUGUUUACCGCAUUUCUUGAAAAACAUGUACGUGUUGCACGGGCGAAUGCAUAUCAAGAACAUUUUAUUCUUACAUGUAUUCUCUUCUAUUGUGUUUAAUGGUUGCAUGAGAUAUAUGGUCAUGUACAUAUUAUUUGU